GUAUCCGUACAAGUACCUUAGUUGGGUAGGUACAUGACAACAUGUAGCUUCGUCUUGUUAAAGAAAUAAACAAAUUCGUAAACAAAUUCGUAAACAAAACUGCACAUUUGUAUAAAAGAGAUAUCAGUUCUAUAAACGGGUCAGUCUUGUAAAUCAACCCCGUCCGGCGUCAAUUCCCAACACAACUCAGUCUUAGUCUUCAUGAACACAAUGGAUAAGAAACUGUGUGAGCAGACUCGCGAAGCUCUUAAUCACCGGAUACGUCCUCGCGAUGAGGUUACUGCUGUGAGACGGCACCUAGCUCAUGGUUUAGCUCAGAGUUUAGGGACCGAGCAGCUCAGCAGUCCCUUGUCUCUGGUUGACUUAGAAACUACCGUCACACCAUCCGAGGCAUUACAGGGCACUUAUCGAGAGUAUGUCGAGGCAGCUCGCAGAAAUAUUGAAAUACGAUCUAGCUUUACGGCGCUACAAGAGGAGCAUGAUGCCGCGAAUGCUGCUCUCCCUCCUCCACCUGAGGAAGAUCAACAGGCACAGCUCCUCCAACUCCAAAUCGAAGUCAAUGCUUUAGAGCAGGAACAUGAGAGACUAAGCAUAGUCGACAAGUAUCUUGAAGAACUCAAUCAGCAACCCGCAGCAGCUCCAGACUUCUUAGAUCCAGAUGUCAUGGUUAAAAGCUGCACCCCUCUCCCCGAAUUACCCAAGGAACUUAUGGAGGGUUUCACUCAAGACCGGGACGCCCCAAACCGCGAGAUCAAGGCUCUACUCGCGCGGCUCCAGUCGGCGGUCCUACGCAAUAAACUAUUAGCACAACGAGAAAAACAAAACUUCGAAAAACUAAAAGCUAAGAACCCAAUCGACCCCGGACGUCUUCCGCCGGAAGUACAAUUACAGGCACUCAACGCCGUGAAGGAUAGUCUCAUCAACUGGAUCGAGACCAUGCUAAGCAAAGCCGGCGGUGAAGAGGACGAACCAAGUUCCGAGUCGCCAAGCAAGCCGCGGCAUAAAGAUGAAAAAUUCGACCACGAGGCGCAUAUGGCUGAGAUCCAGAGAGAAUACCAACAGCACGUCGACCUCCGCAAGGAAAUCAUGGCUUCUAUGGUUCAAUUAGAGCAGCUGAAUCUUCAGCGGCCACAGAAGCAAAAGCAGCCGCAACAGUUCCUACCCGAGGAACCUAUACCCAGCAACACUAUUAGCGCAGCCUCCGAGGCAUUCCUACUAACACCAUACCUCGAGAAAUUACAAGCCAUCUCACGCGAGCAAAAGGGCCUCAUCCAAGAAAAAUCACACAUCAACGCCUCCCUCACCAAACAACAACAAGACCUCAACAAAAUCCUAGACCACCUGGUCGAGGAAAGCCACUUACUACCCAAGUACCCAUUCAAACGGUCCGAGAAGCCGCGGCAAAGCUUCGGCUCCGUCACGAAGGGUGUCAGCAAGGCCAACGUGACAGACCAGAUCGAGCCCUGGAUUUCCGCAGCACACUCAGCACAGAUCGCCACUCUCGAGGCCGUCUUCGAGAAAGUCGAGGAGGGCCAAGUAGCGGCUGAAGACGCCAUGCAGGCUUUGGACGAAGUCCGCAAACUGCUUAAUAAGGAAGAGGCAGCGCCGGAACAGUCUCGUGGAGAUGAGGAUGGUGGUGCUGGGAGUGAUAUGUGGAUAGGAGAGGACGAGGGGAGCAGCGCAACGCGUGUUAGGAAGAAUAGGGAGAAGAAGGCAGAGAAGCCGAAGGGACAGAGCAUUUACGCGAAACUGGAUGGGAAUCUUGGGCUGAUAAAUGAGUAAAGGGCAUGGUCAUUUCACCACAGCUAAGAUCUAUCCGGGC